CCGGCCGGUAUUAUCACAGUCCUGGUGAGGAUUGGAAUUUGUGAUAAGACUUGUUUUAAAAUAAUCGAGAAAUCCUGCAAAUCAUCUUAUCUUUUAUUUUUAUCACAAGUUUUCUGGAUCUCAGUUGGCAGUUGACAUUUGUGCCCACUUUUGACAGAAAUCAAAUCGUGUCCCAAGUUUCACCAAUUUCCCAAAAUUUCAAAAAACCACGAUGAAAGUCGUCAAAGACAACGAAAACAAAUGGUCAGGAUACGGACUUCGCAUUUUCCUCAACACUUUGUCCCACCCUUUCGAGUACGCCAAAGUCCUCAUACAGAUCGGAUACGAACCCAUACCGCCCUAUUCGUCGAAAACCUUGCUCGGCAAGCCGGCCUUGAAACUGCCAAACAUUUUCCAAUACGUGAAACACAUUAAAUCAGUGGAUGGAGUCUCGGGGUGCUACCGCGGCUUGGGCCCCAAAGUCUGCGGCAGUCUCAUCAAUCUCGUAGCGACGCAAAAAAUGAUGGAAUACCUCGACUUGAACCAACAAGAUGAAGAAGAGGACACUGAUGUUGAGGAAAAUAGAAAACAGAAGUUUUUGAAGUGUCUCAAAGGCGAUAUCAUCACACACACAACAGCAAUAAUCAUCAGUCAGCCGUUUCAUGUAAUUACAAUCAGAAUUAUGGCACAGUUUGUAGGAAAAGAGUCCAAAUAUGUGGGCGUUUUUGGCUCGAUUGGUGAAAUAUACCGACAGAAUGGCAUUCUGGGGUUUUUUAGUGGACUCAUUCCGAGACUAAUAGGGGAUAUUUUGUCCGUUGUGUUGGCAAGCAGUUUGACCUAUGUCAUCAAUAAGUACCUAAUAGAAGAGAAGGAAAUACAAAAUUAUACUUCAGCGGCCGUCUGUUAUUUACUCUUCAAGAAUCACAUUUCGCAGAUGGUGUCCUCGUCCAUAAUGUACCCCUUCCAAGUGGUUUCCAACUGCAUGGCUGUCUCAAAUUCCGGCUUGUUGGCCGGGUCGCCCCCCUAUAUGUUGCACUACAACACUUGGAUUGACUGUUGGAACGAUUUGUCUAGUCGUAAUCAACUGAAACGGGGAUCUAGUCUUUUGGUCCGGUAUUACAAGGGCCCUUCUUUGAUUACAAGUYAAGGCAGUCUACUCAUAGGCAAAGACCUCAAGACCAACUAAAUUUCAUGUUCAUAUUCAGUAGUUGAUUUUUUUCUUUACAAAUUGAGGCAAUUGUGUGUAAAUAUUAGAGUAUUGUAUUAUUUUACAAUAAAAUUCUUGUUCAAUUUUAA